AGUGCACAGGCUUCCCUGCCGUCCCUGCAGGCUCAUUCAGCCCAUGAAAAUCGCGGCCUGCCUCGCCGCCGCGUGCGCGCUGGCAGGGCGCCCGCCGCGCCGCAGGACAUCCGUCGGCACGAAGCGAAGACCGACCACCAAGGCUCCCCUGGUGGCGCCGCCCACCUUCGUCGCCGCGACGAUCUGCCGGGCGCAGGAAACGAACGAAGACGCGUUUUCGCCGCUCGCGGUGCCGGAGCGCUGCCGCGGCGCCGAGGCGGCGACGCGGCCGUGGUUCAAACACGUCGGCCUCGACACCCUCUUCCCGGGCGCCGGGCUGGGCGAGGUGUUCGACGAGUCGUCAGAAUUCCGGGCAGCGCUGCGGCGCGCGGCGCGCGAGGACCGCUGCGACACGAGCUCCCCGGUCCGCUUUGAUAUGACCUCUUCGGCGCAAGGGUCGUGGUUUUCGCGCCGGCCCGCGGCCGCAACGCACGGCGUGCUGAGGGAGGCGCUCGGCGCGAGCGCGCCGACCGGCGACGAAUUCUACGCCAAAAUAGGCGGAUUGACGCUGGACGGCGUCGCGCCGCGGACGGGCCACUUCAUCGACAUCGUCGGCGGCCCCGGCAGUAGGCGGCUGGCGCGCUACGCGUGGCACCAAGAUCGCGGGGGGGACACGGAGGCGGUGACCGUGAUGCUCGGCUUUCCCGCGGCGAGCCGACAACGCGGCUGCGGCGUGUUCUCGCACGUCUCUCCGCUGUCUCAUCUGGUGGUCCACGAGGCGGACGCGGAGCGCGACAACUCGCGGCCGCGGGAGUUCUCGGACGAGCGGGGCGAGCGCCGGUUCCUCGACGUCGACGCGAUCCCCGAGGCCUCGAUCGUGCGGCCCGGCUACGGCCGGGGCCGCGAGCUGAUCGUCUACAGCGACGCUCGCGUGGUCCACUCGGCGCCGGACGCGAUCCACCGCGAGAGUCUGUGGCGGUUCAUGUGACGGUGUACUCAUAAAGUGAGAAAGUAUU